AGCCAACUAUUGGACCCCUGUCCACUGCCCAGGGUCCGAUGUGCUUUGAAGUCGACCGUCAACGACUCCGCGUAUUACCUCACUUGAUUGAGUGCCAAAAUAAAGUGUAUGCUCUUUCCGUCUCUGUCUCUCUCCAUCUCUCCACCUCCUUUGCCUUCUCCUCCGUUGCCCUCCCUCCCCUUACCUUUGGCAGCUAAACUUGCUUUCCGUUUACAAGGCAACUCCUUCUGCCUCCAAACCUCAAGCUUUGAGCAUCUCUUCUUACCUCCCUUCAGGGGGUGCGCAUUCAACGGAGUACCGAAAUCGUUGGCCAAACCCGACCUUUCCAGAGUGAUUUAAAACUCAAACGCAAGAUCAGUUUCAAAAGAGGGAACAACAUUUGCACAUGUAAUUGGGAUGUAUUCCAUGAAAAGGGACACUAUGGUUGCAUUAGUUGUAUUUUGUAUGCUGUUGACAACCACACAGGCCACCAACUGGGGUCAUGGAGGAUCAGAUUCUGUGAGGUUAAGUUUGGACAUCCCAUCGAACAAUGCCAUGAUCUACAAUGAGAUGGCAGAUGAAGAGCCUGAGAUCCUGAGUGUGAGCAUCCCGUCUGAGAAGCCGGUGCGGGUGCUGCUGGGCGGCAUGCUGGUCCUCCCCUGCUACUUCCAGGACAACACGCCCCACGACCCCGGCGCCCCCACCGUCACCCCCCUCGCACACCGCAUCAAGUGGACACACGUCACCAAGGACAAGGUCACCGACGUCCUGGUAGCCUCCGAUGGAGUGGUGAAGGUGGCAGAUGACUACCUGGACAGGGUGACCAUGGUGGGCUACCCCAUGACCCCCACAGACGCCUCCAUCAAGAUCACCGAGCUGCUCUCCAACGACACUGGAGUGUUCCGCUGCGAGGUCAUGCAUGAGAUCGAGGACAGCUAUGACACCGUGGAGGUGUUGGUGCAAGGUAUCGUCUUCCACUACCGUGCCAUCACGUCUCGCUACACCCUGACCUUUGAGAAGGCCAAGGCAGCUUGUGUCCAGAACAGUGCAGUCAUCGCCUCCGCUGAACAGCUGCAGGCCGCCUACGAUGGGGGAUACCACCAAUGUGAUGCCGGAUGGCUGUCCGAUGAGACUGUCAGGUAUCCAAUCCACGACCCCAGAGAGCAGUGCUAUGGGGACAAAGAGAACCUGCCAGGGGUCCGCACCUACGGCAUCAGGAACACCAGCGAGACUUACGACGUCUACUGUUUUGCUGAGAAGAUGACAGGCAAAGUGUUCUACUCCAUGUCUCCGGCCAAGUUCACCUUUGCGGAGGCCAGGGCCCAGUGUGAGGGUCUGGGGGCGCGGCUGGCCACCACAGGUGAACUCUACCUGGCCUGGCAGCAGGGUAUGGAUGUCUGCAACGCCGGCUGGUUGGCCGACGGCAGCGUGCGCUACCCAAUCAACAUCGCCCGGCCGCAGUGCGGAGGUGGGCUCUUGGGAGUGCGCACCGUCUGGAAGUUUGUCAACCAGACUGGAUACCCCGACCCAGACAAUCGAUUCGAUGCUAUCUGCUAUGAAGACGACGGUGAGGACGGCUCAGGCUUCCCCCUGUUCCCCUUCGGAGGUCACACCACCACUGAGCCCAGCAUUUUCACCGUCGGCACGGUAACGCCAGGCCCAGAGGUCAUCGUCAAGGAAGUGACAGAGAGCGAGCUGAAGGGGGAGGUGGUCACGCAUCAGCCCGAGAGCACCCGACCGGCCGUGUGGCCUGUCACUCAAGCCCCGCUGUUCCCACCCCCUGACGCCACCCAGGUGAUUCCCAACGUCAUCAUAAAAGCCACGUCUCAGCCGGACGUGAGGGCGGAGCUGCCAGGUGGAAGCCACUGUGGAGCUGUGGGCUCAGGUGUGGUGUUCCACUACCGGCCGGGCUACAGUCGCUAUGCCUUCACCUUUAUGGAGGCCCAGCUGGCGUGCCGCAGUGUGGGGGCGGUGAUGGCCACUCCAGAGCAGCUGCAGACGGCCUACGAGGGGGGCUACCACCAGUGUGACGCCGGCUGGCUCCUCGACCAGACCGUCAGGUAUCCUAUUGUGCAUCCUCGUGAGCGCUGUGCUGGUGACUUGGAGGAGCAGCCUGGUGUCCGGUCAUAUGGGCUGCGGCCAGCAGAGGAGCACUAUGAUGUCUACUGCUACAUGGAGAAACUCAAGGGUGAGGUGUUCCACGUGAGCUCGGCGGAGGGCUUCAGCUUUGACGAUGCUGUGGUGGCAUGUCAGGAGAGGAAUGCCACGCUGGCAACCACGGGAGAACUCUAUUCAGCCUGGCGCCACGGUUACGACAGGUGCCGCGCCGGCUGGUUGGCGGACCACAGCGUGCGUUACCCAAUCAGCAACCCCCGCGAGCGGUGUGGCGGAGGAAAGGCCAGCGUCCACACCAUCUACCUGUAUGCCAAUCAGACCGGCUACCCUCAGCAUUUUGCAAGAUUUGACUGCUUCUGUUUUAAGGCUGAUCAGACUACACUCCUCAAUGAGACAGGAAUGAACAUAACAGAAGUUCAAGAAGUGCUUGUCAAUAGGACUACAAUUACAGACAUCCUACGUCCAGCUCCAGUGUUUCCCUCCCUCACUCCCCCGAUUGUGGUCGAGUCCUCAGGCUCAGGCUCUGGCUCAGGCUCAGAGAUGCACUCUGGAGAUGCCUCGGCCAGUGGAAGUGGCCUGAGCAGUGGUGAGGUCAGUGGAGAGGGCAGUGGAGGCUUUUGGUCUGGCACCAGUGGGGGUGCCUCUGGGUCCGGCAGGAGUGGAGAUGGCUCAGGGAUCUUUGUGACCUUCUCUGGGGCCGGCCACGUGUUUCCCGGGGAAGGCUCAACGUCUGGGUUGCCACAGGAGGCCGGCGGUCAGGGCAUCCCUGGAGUCUUGACCUUCCCUGUCAAAUCUGGCUUCUUCAGCGGAGACAUGGGAUCGGGCAGUGCAUCCGGGUCCAUGUCCGGAUCGGGAUCUGGGUUCAGCUCUGAAGAGAGUGGUUCCACAUCCGACAUGUCCAGCGGGUCCUCUUCCGGUGAGAGUGGAGAACUCUCCGGAUUUUCCUCCGGAUCUGGAUCUGGCUCCAGCGAGGAGAUGAGCGGAUUCAUCUCUGGCCGUCCGGGUGAUAUCGACGGCCGUGGCACACGCAUCCUGUUCAUCGGUGGCCAGUACAUAGAAAUGGCGACCGACUCCCCCCGACUGGGCCAGGAGCUCGGCAAGGGAGGGGUCCAUUUCAGCGGCUCUGGAGACUGGUCAUCAGCGUCAGGUUCUAUGUCGUCAGGUUCUAUGUCGUCAGGUUCUAUGUCGUCAGGUUCUAUGUCUUCAGGCUCUGGUGAUUCCAGCGAGAGCCGUGGUUUCUUGAGUGGGGACAUGAGUGGAUUCUUGAGCGGAGACGCGAGCGGGUCGGGGAGCAGUUCUGGUUUCCCAGGUAUCAGGUUCUUCAACCCGGAGAUCGUUGACCAGACCUUCAAGCCCAAAGGAGAAGAGGAGCAGGAGGCUUCAGGGGUUCUGCAGUUUGGGUCUGGUAGCUCCAGUGGUUGGUCCAGUGGUGGGUCUGGGGGAUCAGGUGACAAUCUCAGUGGAUUCUUCUCAGGAGGUUCUGGUGGUAGUCAGCUGAUCACCCACGUACCAGACAACAGUGUGCUGGGGGUCAGUACUAUGCACCCUACGGAGGGCAUGGAGCUGAGGAAGGGGCCGGUGGAGAGCAGUGGAGAAGGGAGCGGCUUCUUCUCUGGCAGCGGAGACCAACAUAGUGGCUCCUCUUAUGGUGGAGCUGAAGACCACCAUCCACACCCUCAUCAUCAGCACCGACCUGACUCCCACCACGACUCUUCUUCCUCCCACGUCAGAGGAGACAACUACCCGGAUCCCCAUGGCCAUAUGUCCACCUAUCACACUGCAUCAUCCUCUGUGCACAGAGGAGACAACUACCCUGACACUGACCACCACACAUCCACCCACCACAGUGGCUCACCCUCUCCUCCUCACCCAGUUGAACCCUACGCAUCUGGGGAUGUCUUUGCCAUUCAGCCCCCUUCCCACCUAAUGAGUAGGACCUCAGCACCGGACCAUCCGCCCGCACAGCUUCAGGACAGUGCUGGGGAUGUCUUCACUGCAACUACUACCACCACUACUACCACCACCACACGGACAGCCACCACCUCCCCAGCCUUCCCCCUGCAGACACCCAGCCUGCUGGUAGAGCCUGCGCUGGUCGACAUUGACCCCUGUGACCCCAACCCGUGUGGUGUGGGGACGUGUACAGUCCAGGAUGGAAUAGGCCUGUGCCUCUGUCCACCGGGACGCACUGGAGCCGACUGCCAGACUGAGCUUGACGUGUGCCACUCAAACCCGUGUGCCAACGGAGCCACAUGUGUGGAGCGAGGGGACUCGUUCACAUGCUUGUGCCUGCCCAGCUAUGGAGGGAAGCGCUGCGAGAUUGAUGAGCAGAGCUGUGAGGAGGGCUGGACUAAGUUCCAGGGUAACUGCUACCUGCACUUCUCGGAGCGCGAGACGUGGGAGGACGCCGAGCAGCGCUGUCGAGAGCUCAACUCCCACCUGGUCAGCAUCAUCACCCCCGAGGAACAGAGAUUUGUCAACUCUCAUGCUCAGGACUACCAGUGGAUCGGCCUGAAUGACAAGACAGUGGAGAACGACUUCCGCUGGACAGACGGCACUCCCGUGCAAUUUAUCAACUGGCGGCCAAACCAGCCAGAUAACUACUUCAACUCCGGAGAGGACUGUGUGGUGAUGAUCUGGCAUGAGAACGGCCAGUGGAAUGAUGUGCCCUGCAACUACCACCUACCCUUCACCUGCAAGAGCGGCCCAGUGCUGUGUGGCCCUCCUCCUGAGGUGGAGAACGCGCGCAUGUACGGGGCCAAGAGGCAACACUACCAGGUCAACUCCAUCAUCAGGUACCAGUGCAACGAGGGCUUCCUGCAACGUCGCCCCCCAGUGGUGCGCUGCCUGCAUGACGGCCAGUGGGAGAAACCCCAGGUGGAAUGUAUAAUGUCCAACUCCACCGUCAGGAGAAAGAGAUCCAGCACAAUUCCAAGACAAACGACACGCCACAGAUCCAGCUAAAGCAGCCAGCCGAGGAACCUCUGGAAAGAUUUUAACAUAUAGUUAUUUUAUAAGGAUUAUUUUCUAUGAAUAAGAUGUCUCUUAAGGGAAAUGAAGCAACACAAGUGCCCAUUUUGUACAGCUGAAAGCUAAGGACACCAAAGAUUAGAAAUGUAAUAUAAAUCUGCCUAUCCGCUGAGUGCACAGAUGAUAAACAUUGCCUUGUGAAUUGAUACUAUUUAAAAGGGAAAAUUUAUAUAAGAUUUUAUUUGUUUUCAGGGGGGAGGGGGUUGUUUUGUUUUUCCCCUCAAACACUUGGGAGGGGUGUUUCAUUAAGUAGCUGUAGUUGUUGGCCAACAAACUAAAGUAAACUUUUACAGAAAAAACUUCCACAGCUGACAAAUGUAAACGGAAAAGUGUUAUUUAAAGAGGGUUACAGAGUGUCUUUCUGGAAAAAAGGGAAAAAAGAAACAUGAUUCGACCCUUGUCUGAGGCAAAUAACAUGUCCUGGACAUGGACAGACAUUGAUAAAUUGGGAUCGGUACUUUGACCCAAGGCCUGACCUAUAACCUUUAUAAAGGUGAAAAGAUACAUCCAUGAAAGAAAAAAAGAAGUUGCACUGAAGUUGAACUGUCUGAUGUUUUGAGUUGGCCCACAUGCCUGAAAAGUUCAAGUCAGAGAAAUAACGCAAUUCACAGAAUUCACAAUCCUACUUAAUGAAACACCCUUUUCAGGUUUUUGAUCAUUUUUGUAAUGCCAUUGACAAAUGUUGUGGGGAAAAGCAGAUCAAAUAAUUUUCAUUGCCAGCACUUGUCACGUAUGUAGUGAUGAAAAUGUAUCCAAUUGUAAGUGAAACAGGUGAAAAGGACUACUCAGUCCAGCCGUGUACUUCACUGUACUGUAUGUGUCAGUAUGAACUGCACUGUGAACUGUAAUGUGCUUUACAGACAGUGGCCUUAUAUUGUAGUUCAUGAGUUUGGAAGGGAUAGAGUAAAUAUAAUAUAUAAUUAUAAUUUGAUUAACUGAAAUUAUUUUUGGAGGGAAAAAGCUGAAAUUGUUUAGUUUCACUUCACCGAUCAAUAGUGCUUCAAUUUGUCAUCCAUUCAGCAAUCUUCGAAAACCCUACGAUUUAAAAUUUUACAUGAAAGAAAGGUAUAUUUAGUUCCUGUGCAAGUUAAGUGAAAAAUCUGGACUGUUAAAGGGUAACAGCAACAAACACUGAUUUAUAUGAGAAUAUCUUCCAUUUUGAAGACAGUUGAUCUGCAUAAUGUGAAAAGUGAUUAUUUAUUGAUUUAUCCUGAUGGCGGGACUUCAAUGUUACCUUGUCUGGGUUUGUCUAAUUCAGCUACAAUUUAAUUUUACAAGGUAUCAUGUAAACGUGCGUGUGCGAAUGACAAAAUGUUUGAAAUGUCCAUCAUGUAAAUGUUCAGCACCAUCAUUAUGUUUCUCAGUUAUUUAUUUAUGAAAGACAAAUCCAGGCAUGUCACUUUCAUUGAAGUCCUCCAUGAAAAAAAAAUCCUUUUCUGCUUUUGCAUGUUGUCCUAAAUGUUGCCGCUGUCUCACAGAAUCGCUGUGCAGGUCAUGGUAUUACCGUGGGAUUGGGCUGUCCCUAAAGACCCCUGUUCGCAUCAGUUACUGCCAUUUUACCUUCAGAGAACAGAAGUAGGCCCAGUGUGGCACAAAGAAAAGAGCCCCAGAUAAAGAACUCCAUCUAUCGCCGUGGAACCUGCUUUCAUUCUUCCUCCUCCUGUUAUCUGAUUGGCCUGUGCUUCUGUCACUCCAUCAUUCCAAGUAAUCAUGGGAGGCGGUGCCUCCUGACACCUGAUCUGACACACUCUACUCUCUACACUGCCAUACAUACACACUUUCUACUACUGCUACACUGCUGCUACUACUGUGCUACCAUAUGUUCUCAGCUACUAGUUUUAAAAUCAGAGACUACAAACUUUCUUGCCAUAUUCUUGCGUUAUAAUGUCUUGCUUUGCCAAUGUGCUUUCCUGAUGUACUGUAUGUCCCACAGAGAAGACAUUUGUCCUAUCAGACAUGUCCUUUGUGUAACACUGAGGCCUAGUGUGCCUUCAGAUUUGUUAACAUCAGAGCAUAUUUAGCCUGGACAAAGGAGUCAAAGACACCACUCCUGCUCUCUCCCUGCUGCCUGUCAUGUCAUUGAAGACAUGAGAGCUUCAACUGUCUUUAUGUUCAACACAGAGUUAAUACUGGCCUUUUCUCUUCCGUUCUUUUCCACCCAUCCAUGUUUUCUCUGACGUCUACACUGCUCUUAACUAAAGCUCUGCUGAUGCAAUCAUACACUAGACAAGUAACUGAUCUAUUUUUUGUUUUGUUUGUUGAAAAUGUGUUUGGAAUUACAUGCGGAACAUGCAAAAAGGUACAUAACAUAAAAGGUACAUACACGUACAAAAUAAAUCCAAAUGUUGAUUUCUUUUGCGCUGUGCAUUAAAGAUUACAU